AUGCCCUUAGAUCUCUUUUCUCCGUGUCGCAUAGCGAGUACAAGCCUGUAUCGCCACCGGCCGACUAAGAGUCAUGGCGGCGGUGUGGAAAGCGGCGAUUCGCGCAAACUUUCCUUCCCCCGCCCCUUGCUCUCUCCCCCGCUUCCGCUCCCCCCUUCCGACGGGUCGUCCGCCGUCCCUUCCCCCGAGUCCAAAUCCGGCGGAACGGGCAGCGGAAGCGGGCGGAGCUGUAGCGCAGGCGGCGGAACCGGCGGCGGAACUGGGGGCAGGGAGGGCGGGGAAAGGGCGGGAAAAGGGGAGCGGCCGUGGCAUGCGCCGAUUGACCCGUCCCCAACCACUCCGCUGCAGCUGAAGCUGAGUCCGUCCGCGGGGGAAGAGGGGCGCGACGCGGAGACGGCGGGGAGGAGCGUCGCGCGGGGUGCGCCGGAGGGGAGAGAUGGCGGAGAGUUGGAGGCGCCUUCGGGGGGAGAGUUUUCCGCCGCUUGUGCGUCCGCCGGUUCGUUCUCCGCCAGAACUUGUAGCGGAGGCGGCGGGGAUAAACGCGCUGCUGUACCUGCCCAGCUAAAAUUAUCUCUGCCCGGGUCUGGGUCUGUUGCUCCUCUUGACGAGAGCCUGUUUGAAGUGGAAGAGGAAGGGGAAGGGGAAGGGGAAGAGGAGGAGGAGGGGGAAGAGGAGGAGGGGAGGGAAGAGGAGGAAGCAGAAACAGAAGAAGAGGAGGGGGCAAGAGUGGAGAGCGAGGGAGCAAGUGGGGAUAUGGAUGAGAAUAGGGAUCAUAUGGGGGAAGUGGAGGAGGAGGAGGAGGAGGAGGAGGAGGAGGAGGAGGAGGAGGAGGAGGAGGAGGAGGAGGAGGAGGAGGAGGAGGAACGGGACGAUGGCAAAAUAUUGCAUACUGCAGCCGAAGCUACUGCCGCUACUGAUGCUACAGCAUGUGAAGCAGCUCCCAGCGUGUCUGCGCAUGACCUAAGAUCGGCCUCUGUGCCGGCUGCCGUGUCCGAAGCACAGCCACACAGCAAGCACGAGCACCACCGCUCACGCUUCUUUCACUCCGCCUCUGGAAAACUCACCGCGUUUUUUCAAAAGCUGCCCAAAAAACUGCCCAAAAACAUCCACCUCCUGCGGUCCCCGCGCGGUUCGUCCGGGCAUGCAGCCGCCCAUGACGUGCGCCUCACGCCGCCCCAACCGCUCCUUCCCCUCAAACCGCUUGCCACUCCAGUCCACGCGCUGCCGCCCGAUGCCGCCCCAGCCCGCCCCCUGGCGCCUGCUGAAGCUUCUCAGCAGGUGCAGCAGGGCCGUGUGGUUAGGCCCUUGGAGGAGGCUGGGCGGAGAGGUGAAGGGAAGGCGCGGCAGGAUUGGCAGGGGGAGAGCGAAGAGGAGGUCGAUGAGAGAGAGGCUAGUGAGGAGGAGGAGCGAGGGGGCAGUGUGGCGUACGAGGAUCUGAGCGAGAGAUACGCGGUGGAGGGGCGGCAGCUGGGCAGCGGGCAGUACGGCGUGAUUCGGCGGUGUGUGGAGGAGGGCACGGGGCGGGUGCUGGCGUGCAAGACAAUCGACAAGCGGAAGAUCAAGACGCCAGCUCAAGCCAGUGACCUGCGGAGUGAGGUGGCAACCCUGCAGCUGCUGCAUGGGCACCCAUCAGUCAUCACACUCAUCGAUGCUGUUGAGGACCCCCACCACGUGCACCUGCUGAUGGAUCUCUGUUCAGGCGGCGACCUAUUCGACCGCAUCUCGCUGGGCGGCGCGCUGAGCGAGCAGUGCGCGGCCGGCGUGUGUCGGCAGCUAGCGGAGGCGCUGCUGCACUGCCACUGGCGGGGCGUGGUGCAUCGAGACGUGAAGCCAGAAAAUAUCCUCCUGGUGGGGGGGCGAGGAGGAGAGAAGGGAGGUGAGAGAGGAGCGAAAGCCGUGGCGGAAGGAGGAGAAGGAGGCAACGGCAAGAUGCAAGACGCCAAGGCUCCGCGGAUCAAGCUUGUGGAUUUCGGAAUCGCGCGGUUCUUCCGAGACGGGGAGAAGAUGCGCGACUGCCUGGGCACUCCCGAGUACAUGGCUCCGGAGCUACUCCUGGGGUCGUACGGGCCUGAAGUGGACGUGUGGAGUGCGGGCGUGGUGACGUAUAUAGCCAUCUGUGGGCAUCCGCCCUUCUGGGCUUCGGCGUCCAUGGGCCAGUCGCUGCAGGAGGCGAUUCUGACCAGGGAUGUCACGUUUGCGACGCCUGGAUGGGUGGGUGUUUCGGCGGGGUGUAAGGAGCUUAUAAGGAGGAUGCUGCAUAAGAAUCCGCGGAAGAGGAUUACGCUUCUGGAGGUGCUUGGUCACCCCUGGAUACGCAGCAGCGAGAGCAGCUGA